GCUUAAGGGUAUCAUGACUCAAAAUAUUCCAACGUGACAUCCUUAUGUGGGCGGAUUGAGGCAGCAUCGCUUGGUCAGAGGGCGAGAGAUCUUAUAUAAAACAUAGAUAACAAUCAACCGUAUACUCUCACUUUGAAAAAGUUAACUCGAAGAAUACUUCCUAGUUCAGUCUACAAACACUUCAUUUCACGCCGCUCUUCGAGAGAGAGAGAGAAAUAUCAAAGAAACAACAGAAAGAAAAAAAGAGAAAGCAGUAAGAAAAAUCUCUGCCGACUAAACUUUUUCACUAAAUCGCGACUAACUUAAACCAAUGAAAGCGUAAAUUGCUAUCACGUGACAAGAGAUUAGUGUAAAUAUUCAAUUUCCAUUUGACAACUUUUUCUAUACCAUUUAACUGUUACUACGUGAGAAGUGUGUAUACCCACCUUGCGACUCUUAUCAAUAAGUUAACUGCAAUACACACACAAACGCACACGCGAUGGGCCUAAAGUUAUUUUUUCUGCUUCUAUCGCUUACUGGAACGAUCACAUUGUCAAAGACGCAGGUUCCAGAAAGGGAACGACAAAAAGUAAACAAAUUGACAUCACUGAAAGACUUGCAGGAGUUUUUACAUGUAAACGAUGGCGAUUUCCAAUAUGCCAGUACAAAUGAAAUUGUCAAUGCUGAUUUUUGCUCACCCCGGUUGACUACAAUAGAGAUUCCUCAACCAACAGAAUACAACAAGUAUUAUUGGCCAAAAUGUACCCGAGUAAAAAGAUGUGGAGGUUGUUCUGAACACGAGUCACUUGCCUGUGUUCCCACUGCUAAAGGAAAAGUUUUUAAAAAAGUACAAGUUGUGCGGUUAAAUUAUGACUAUUACGGAGCUCCAAGCAUGACUUUGGACAGAGUAGUUGGUAUCGAUCUUGAAACACAUACAGAUUGUGAACAAGUUUGCAAAGUGACAGAAGAUGAUUGCGAUGACAAAAUACAUAUCUACAGUUCUGCAGAUUGCUCCUGUCGCUGCAAACCGUCUUUAAAUACCAGAUGUACACAUCCUAAGACCUGGAACAAGAAGACUUGUCGCUGCACAUGUCCAAAAUUAAAAGCUUGUGGACAUGGUCUGUACUUUAAUAAAAUUCUUUGCACAUGCCAACAUUACCGAGGCUAUGAUGGAACUAACUUUGCAUCUGCUAAUGCCAGUUUUGUGAAGCAAAGCGAAAUUUCAAAAUCAGGGAGCAACCAGCUUGAUUCUAACAGGAUAAACAGUGAUGGUAAACCCCAGACCGAACGUGCUAAAACUGAUGCUGCUAUUACCAAUGGCCAGUCAACCGAUGAUCUUGAUAAAGGAAGUUUCCUGAUGGAGAUUCUAUCCACCGAAGGUCUUAAAACAACGACGAUGCCAACGACAAUAGAGACGACCACUGAAAAGAAAACAACUCCGAAGAUUACGAAACCUUCAAAAACGGCUAAUAUUUGUGCUUCAAAGAAAUGUCCUCCCAGGUGGAUGCCUGUUUUGCAAAGGAAUGGUCUCUGUGGCUGUAAACCUAACUUUGGUUAAAGACAAUUGAGCUAUAUCGAUGUGAGAAUUUAUUAUAUAAGUAGACACCAAACAUCAUACAUUUAUAUAUAUAUAUAUAUAUAAUAUAUAUAUAUAUAUAUAUAUAUAUAUCUAUAUAUAUAUAUACAUAUAUAUAUAUUUGUAUAUCUAUGUUUGAAGGAGGGCAAAGUAUUUACUCAUUACAGAGAAGAGUAAUAUUUCAUCUCUGUAACUGUUAUAGAGUAUUUUCUCUUCCCCUUUUAGAAUAGGAAGAGAUGCACAAAUAUAUUUUUUUUAACCUUUGUUAGAAAGGGAUCAGUUAUAUUUCUCCAUCUUAAAUAAUAAUUAUAAUAUUUUAUUCCAAAACUGAAAGGGAGGAACAAUCUAUUGUACAUAUAUACACACAUUAUAUAU